GUGACCAAAUUUUCUGAUGCAAUUCCAUUGAAAGGUCAAAAAAAUAGUUCAAAAUUAAUUAUUUGUGGUGAAAAGGCAUGACAAUUCUUUUAGUAAAUCUCUAUAGCAAUUGCAAAAAGGUACGUGAGAGGCCAUUUUACAAUAUUCCAUAGACACGUCAACACAGAAUUGGAUGAUAAUGGCCAAGAUGUCUACUUAGGUUUCCCCAGACAUUUCGCCCACCAGGGCAUAGUACAAACAUGGCACCAUUCAACUAUGUAUACCUAGCCCCGGCUACCAAACAAGAAACAAUCAAUCAACUAAAAAAUUUAAGAUACAUUCAAGGAGAUGAGCAUGUGGAACGAGAAUUUAUUUGCCACAGACUUUGUGGCCAACAUAUAUGUCGACCAGACAAGUGGCCUGUUCGGUGACAUAAAACAUGUUGAUUUUAAUGAAGGUGACUGUACUGGUUUGCAGUCACGGGAAUCUGUUGCUAAGCACUUUUUUGAUGAUGUGCAGCCACAAGAAGAUGAUAUUCUCAGUAGUGAUUGGAUGGAAUCUUCUGACAUUGGCACCUAUCUGGAUGCCCUUGGCAAUGAAAGCCUGCUUCCAUUGGAGGAAAACUUGUAUGAUUUCCCACGGGUCUCAGUUGAUGAGGACACUUAUGUUGAGCACUGCCCUACCCCUUUCUGCAGUGCUUUCAAUGUUCCUGAUAAGGAACCAAAAAGUGUUUCAAGUGGGACUUUCGUGGAUGCUUUUUUAUCACCGCCAGAUUCCCCUGAACAAGUCACUCCAGUUAUAGAAUCAAAUGUACCUGAUAGAUCAUCAUUGCCGGUUGUUGAUGGAUCUUUGGGUAAAAACUUUUUGUGUAAAGAAGAAAAGGGGUUUAAUCUAUGUAAUGCUGAGAUUAGUACAAUCAUCAGUUCAAGUCCUGAAUUGUACAAAGUUAUUGCUGGUUCUUCUUUCAUUAAUAGUAGAAAAUCAGUCAAACGUGGGAAAGAUUUGAAGCAUUUGCAUCCAAAAUACAGUUACAGUUGCCUGGCUAUUUCUGAUCCCUCAGUAGCAGAUCAACUUAAUAAGAAAGACAGAAAAAAAUUGCAGAACAAAAAUGCUGCCAUAAGAUAUCGACAGAAAAAAAAGGAAGAGGCUGUUGGAAUAAAAUCAGAAGAACAGAUUUUGGAAGAGAAAAAUAACACCUUAAAAAUGAAAGUUGAAGACUUGCAAAGAGAGAUAAAAUACAUGAAAAAUUUAAUGGAAGAUGUUUGUAGAGCUAAAAGUUUAUUAAGCUAAAUUGUGGUUGCAAUGUAUUUUAAUGCCUUUUUUUUUGGGCUGCUACUAGAAAUUAACAUUAAUACUACAUUCAUUAAAUAUAUUACAUAAUUUGACAGAAAGAAGUAGUUUGAAUUGUUUUGAUUCAGUAUUUCACCGUACUCAGCUUAUCUAGAGUGGCGCUUAGCUUAAGAAGCCAUUGCUUUUUUGCUAGAGUCCUGUGUGUCAUAAUCAAUUUAAGAAUAGUUUGUUCGGUUAAAUUAUUUACUCUUUUUUUAUCUUUUGCAUAUUUUUUUCUGUUUUGACUUGUGUUGUCUUAUGUUGCGAUAGGAUGGUUCAAAUGCUUAUCAGAAAACUGAAACACAAUUAAAAUACAUGUUUAUGAUUGAUACAUUUUCUGUAGUUUUUAAUAAGUUAAGUGGCAUUUGUAUCACAUAUGGGCCUUGAUUAGAUUUAAGAAAUUUUUUUAUAAGCCAUCAUGUGUUGAUUAUGUAUGUUAUAUAAUUGUUUUGUAAUUCUUUACUCUGUUGUGUGUAAAGAUAUCCACUUUAGUUAUGUGCAUCUCUGACAUCAGCAUAUUUGUGCCCACUGCAUAGAUCUGUCACUGAUUAAUUACUGCAAUUUUAAAAUUCACUGCAAAGAUGUACAUUGUCAAGAACCUAAUAUAAUAAUUUCAUUUGAAAUCUGAAGAACCUAAUAUAAUAAAUAUUUCAUUUGAAA